UAUUACAGUGUUACAUUUUUAUAAAGAGAUAUAGACAUGAAUACAACAUUAAGCACAGGCGACAGUGGCGGUGAUAAACGUUUGCCAGAGACAGCUGUACAAAAUAUAGCUCAGAAUUUAACUACUAUGCAAAAUAUGCAAAAUGUGCAAAGUGUUGUUCAAAGUAAUAUGCAGAAUAUUCAAUCAACACAGACCAUAGUGGGAUCAGUUGGAACAUCCACUAGCCUUGUAGGUAAAUCAAUGUCAAUGGAUACAAAUCCAAAGUUACCUCUAAUGAAACCUGUAGUUCCCUCUGGUACCACCUCAACUUCAGAAACAAAUAAAAUAACCACAACGAUCUGUUCUGUGGGCUCGACAGUAAGAAUAAUAUCACCAGGUAUGUUAAGUACAGUAGAACGUCAAAAUCAACCACAAGCUCAGCAACUAUUACAACAGACACAGCAAGUGACAAGUAUGCCAGCAACGUAUCAUGUACCUAGAGGGCCAGCUGCAGUUGCUAAUAUUUCUGCUCCAAGGUCAACAGUGGCUACCCCUAUUAUAUCCACACUGCCUUUUGCAUCUUUUAGAAUAAAUACAACUAUUUCAAACCCUCAAUGGCAACCUAAAACAACAUCAGUUGUAUAUGCGCAACCACAAAGGCAUCCUGCACCUCCAGUCAGUCGAGUUUCGAGGCCACCAUCAACGGUGUACACCAGUCAACAGCCUCGUCUGAUUACACCCACAUGUCAAGGAAGAUCUGUGCAAGCUACAAUGGUCACUGGGAUUCCUGGCACUCCGUCCAGAUUAAUAGCACCUGUUCUUCAAGCGAAUAAUGGUAUUACAAGAUUACCAGUUUCUCAAAGCAGACCCUCUGCUCCUCAAGCGUCAAAUAUAUUACAAACUACACAACCUGGUAGAUCUUCGACUCAAACUAUUCAAUCUAAUAGACCUCUAAGUACCACAGGUAUUGUAAAUCGUAUAGCUGUAUCAGCACCUGUAGUUGGAACUGCAAAUAGAGUAACUGCUUCAGCUUCGGUAACCGUUCAACCCACAGUCGGAAGGCAAUUAUCAAUUAACACUGUUGCUACUCCAUCAACUGGAACUGUUAGUCGAAUUGUAAUCCCUUCUCAACAAGUACAACAACAGCAACCACAGCAGCAACAGCAGCAGCAACAACAAUCACAAUCUCAAACACAACAGCGCGUUGUACAAACAGUAACUUCUUUGUCAAGUCUUAACACAGUGUCACGUGUAAUUGCUACAACAGCAAGUACAUCAAAUACAACAAGAAUAUCACAGCCAGCAUCAACUACUGUUGCUAGAAUUACAGGAAUGUCUUUACAUCCUUUACCUUUAGCACCUGCAAGAGCUGCAUCAACACCUGCUAAAACCGUACAGGCACAAAGUAGUAUUGGUCAAACUGUACAAAUUAAGCCCUCUCAACAAUCUGGAUUUCGGGUUUCUUCGGCCAGUAAUACAAACAACAAUUCAAAUACAACGCCUGCUCAAUCAGUUCAAGGGCAAUAUUUGCAUCCACCACACACCGCAACUUACUAUUCCUUUGAACCCACAGGUACAUAUACCCAGUAUCGUCAAACACCGGUGAGGUUACUUGUCGAACCUGGGUACGAUGAACCGCAUACUAAAACAAAUGCGUCUCCAAGACCAAGUAUACUUAGAAAAAGGGAUCAUGACAAUUCACCUAUUAAAGGCGCGGCAAAGAAUUUAGUUCCUGUACUUGCAUCUUUACCACCUGUCACAACGUCUAGCCCACCAUGCUCACCGAGGGGAGAUCAAGAUGGUGGAGGUUGUCAGAGUUCAGGGUCUACUACAGUUUCUGCAACAUCAUCGCCUGGACUUGACGAGGAACCAGAACAAUCCAGAAUUACUAUAAAUCCAACGGUAGAGAUGUCUCCAAGGAAAAAGCCACGAAAACAACAACUUACCGGUGUAGAAUUAACGGAAUCAAGGUGUACAGAAGAGGAAAUGCAAUUCAUUACAGAGGAAAGGAUGAAGAAAGAGCUUAAAGAAGAACCGAAAGAAAAAUUGUCAGAGAAAAGGCAGUCUUCGAACACACAAUGUGAUGUAAUCAAAUCUCCUACACAGCAACAAACAGUUUCGAUACGAACACGGCCUACGCCAAGUUUAUUAGGGCCUUCCUGGAAGAAUAGAUGGAGUAGUAGACUUCAUCACUACAGAAGACCGAACGAGGUUCGACCACGCGAGGAAAGACGACCUACAGUUGCAGAAAUAGCUCAACAGAAACAUGUAUUACAGAAACUAAAUGGUUGGAAAGUAUAUCAUCUUACUGCGCAAAUGGAAGACAUUGCUGAUCUUGAAAAACAAGUCCAUGAAAAGUUGAAAACAACAUUAACCAUGCUCGAAUCACAACAAAAUGUCAGGAAUAGGCAAGAUGAUGGUCUUGAACGUGUAAAUGAAUUGAUCAAAGGGAAUAUGCAACGCAGUAGCUUAAUUAGUGAAGGAAUGAAUGAAGCACGCACGCAGCUUAUAGCUAUAUUUCAACAUAAAGCACCUAUUACAGAUAUUUUACAACGGUGCGGCAACAAACGGGCUCAAAAGAAACGAGAUAAAUGAGCUAACGUGAGCAUUAAGUCAACACGAACAUGUCUAUAAGAAUCCCUUGCAUAAGCAAGGUUUGA